UUUAUAUAGAGAUGACUGCUUAAUUCGACAUAGAUCGUCGUGUUUGAUUAUAUGGCAUAUUGUCAUAUGAAGAUACAAGAUUUAUUUGACAAUAUUGAUAUAAAUAUUGUUAGUAUUGUGAGAAAGUCAUAUAUUCCCGAUAUUACAUCCAUAUUUUUUGUUCUUUUUAAAAAUAUCUUAUCAAAAUUUGUUUAGGAGAUCGAUUUUUGUUCUCUUGAUUCACUGAAAGCUUCGCGGUGCGACAAAUUUUGAAAAAAUAUUUUGCGAAGAAAAAAUGGAUGUCUGUGGUGGAAACGGAGGGCUCGGGCCGACAGGCCCGAGCGGGGGGCUUUGCCCCCCGCGGUAUGGAUUGAAUAUGUCAAUUAAAAAGACAAUAUAAGUGGCCCGAGGGGUACUCGAUACCCCAGAGAACAAAAGAAAAAAGAAAAGGCCAAAAAAAAAAGCCAAAAAGGAAAAAAAAAAAUGAAAAAAAGAAAAAAAAAGCGGCACGCACGGUACAUGCCGCCGGCACGCACCUGCGUGCUGCUUUGUCUCGAGCGGCACGCAUGUGCGUGCCGCGAGACAGAGGGGAGGUCCGAGACCCCUUCUGUACCGUGCCCCCUUCUUGGGGGCACGGUACGGCACGCCCCCGUGCCACCCAGCACGGGCGGCACUUAAAACCUUGGAACUAGUAAGAUUGAUAAUGCACUCAAGUCGAAUAUAAUGAACACGAGUUAACCCCUCAGCAGAGUUUACCAGCACAUAGAAAAUAUAUUACUGCACAAAACAGAUGAUACACUGUACACUGCAGGAGCAGCUGAGAAAUGUAUGUGCUUUCUUAAAGUUGAUUUGGCCUAUUUUUAGAUUCGUGGGUGCAAGUUACUUUUCUGGUUCCUUUCCUUAUGUUUGAUAUAUUCCUUGCUUCUUGCUAAUGGCUUGCCUUCCGCUUCAUGCUUUAUUGCGUUGUCCCUUUCUUGUCCUUGUUGGUUGGUUAUCCUUUGCUUACCUUCAUCAGUUUCUUCGCUGGGAAGGUAUAUACAACCAAGUUGACGGGCGAUACACACUUAUAGUGUUGUCAAGGUAAUGGCACAAAGGUUGCUCCAUGGAAUCCUCCAUGCCACAAUUUUUGAGGCAGACUGCAUGUCGAUGACAACUAGCAUUCCAUCAAGACCAAUUCAAAAGACACCGACCACAUCAAAGAGAAGAGUUUGCAGAAUAUUUUCAUGGAUCAAGAGAGUGUCCUUUUGCCCACCCAAGGUAGUUGAGGAAAUUGAGGAUUCCAUUGGCUGGGGUGAAGGAUCUGGCAAGCUCUACGCAACAGUCGACGUGGAGAAGGCCAGGGUUGGUCGAACCAGGGUGAUAUCUGACGAACUAACGAAUCCCAAGUGGAAUGAGUCCUUUCGCAUAUAUUGCGCGCAUUGGGCCGCUGACAUCAUCUUUACCAUCAAGUCUGAGAACCCCAUUGGAGCAUCGCUAAUUGGGAGGGCAUUUCUACCGGUGGAGGAUAUCAUAAACGGUGAGCAAGUGGAUCGAUGGCUCGCAAUUUGCGAUGAGGAUCGUAAGCCAUCGGAGGGAGGAGCUAAGAUACAUGUGAGAAUGCAAUACUUGAGUGUGUCCAAGGACUUGACAGCAAACUGGGGCAAGGGAAUCAGCAGUCCAAGGUACCCUGGGGUUCCCCACACAUUCUUCCCCCAGAGGCGCGACUGCAGAGUGACACUGUAUCAGGAUGCUCAUGUCCCCAACAACUUCUCCCCACGGAUCCCUUUAGGCGGCGGUAGGUACUAUGAGCCCCACAGAUGCUGGGAGGACAUCUUCGAUGCUAUCACCAAUGCGCGCCAGCUUGUCUACAUCACGGGUUGGUCGGUAUACACAAAUAUCACACUGGUUAGGGAUCCGCAGAGGCCCAAGCCGGGAGGGAAUGCAACUCUCGGUGAGCUGCUAAAAAAAAAGGCUGCAGAAGGCGUUCGGGUGCUGAUGCUUGUUUGGGAUGACAGGACCUCGCAAGGACUAGGCCCUCUAAGGAAGGAUGGACUGAUGGCAACACAUGACCAAGACACUGAGAGAUACUUUUACGGGACAGAUGUGCACUGCAUAUUGUGCCCACGAAACCCAGACAGAGGAGAAAGCUACGUCCAAGGUCUUGAGGUCGCAACUAUGUUCACACACCAUCAAAAGACCGUGAUUGUCGACUACGAAGUGCCUGCAGCUGGAAAUAAAAAGUAUCUUACUACGACUACGAGGACUAAGGCCACAAGGAGUAUCUUGAGCUUCGUCGGUGGAAUUGACCUUUGUGAUGGACGAUAUGAUACACAAGAGCAUCCUCUAUUUCGAACCUUGGGCACGGCUCACCGUACUGAUUUCCAUCAACCCAACUUUGCAGGCGCUUCCAUUCGAAAAGGGGGGCCAAGAGAGCCAUGGCAUGACAUACACUGCCGGCUGGAAGGACCGGCUGUUAGGGAUGUGUUGCACAAUUUUGAACAGAGAUGGAAAAAGCAAGGAGGAGGUGAGGGCUUGUUGGUGCCCCUCGACUACUCAACCCUAGAAGCUGGGCCCCCUGCAGCCAUAAGGGAGGACGGAGAAGCAUGGAAUGUCCAGGUCUUUAGAUCCAUCGAUGGGGGUGCUGUCGUCGGAUUCCCUGAGGUGCCUGAAGAUGCAGCAGCUCGCGGGCUCGUCACAGGGAAGGAUCAUGUAAUAGAGCGUAGCAUCCAAGAUGCCUAUAUACAGGCCAUCCGUAGGGCCAAGAAUUUCAUCUAUAUAGAGAACCAAUACUUCCUUGGUAGUUCGUACAGCUGGAGACCCCAAGGUAUAAAAGUCGAAGACAUCGGCGCACUGCAUCUCAUCCCAAAAGAACUCUCACUGAAGAUCAUCAGCAAAAUUGAGGCAGGUGAGCGAUUCGUAGUGUAUGUCGUCAUUCCAAUGUGGCCAGAGGGUAUCCCCGAGAGUGCAUCAGUUCAAGCCAUCUUGGACUGGCAGCGGAGGACGAUGGAGAUGAUGUACGCAGACAUUGCACAGGCUAUUCGUGCUAACGGCCUCCAAGCAGACCCCAAAGACUACCUCAGCUUCUUCUGCUUAGGGAAUCGAGAGGUACGCACGAGUGGUGAAUAUAAACCUGAGGAGCGGCCGAACCCUGACACGGAUUACGAGCGAGCUCAGCAAGCUAGACGCUUUAUGAUCUACGUCCAUGCCAAGAUGAUGAUCGUUGAUGAUGAGUACAUCAUAAUUGGGUCGGCCAACAUCAAUCAGAGGUCCAUGGACGGUGGCAGAGACUCGGAGAUUGCCAUGGGUGCAUACCAACCGGACUAUCUGAUGACCACCAAGCAGCCAGCCAAGGGCCAAAUCCAUGGCUUCCGACUAGCACUUUGGUUCGAACACCUUCAGAGGCUGGACGAUGACUUUCUCCUACCCCAAAGCAGAGAGUGUGUGCGCAAGGUAAACCAGAUCGCAGAGCGAAACUGGAACCUGUAUGUGAGCGACAUGCUUUAUAACGACCUCCCAGGCCAUCUGCUAAGCUAUCCCAUGAAGAUCAAUGGGGAUGGUGAGCUUGCAGAUCUGCCAGGGAUGGAGUUCUUCCCAGACACCAAGGCUCGCGUUCGUGGCACCAAGUCUGACUACCUUCCCCCCAUCCUCACCACAUGAUCCACUUUGUUACACUUCCCUUCUCUCUCUUUGCUUGAAACUCCGUGCGGAUACAGAUGUGUGUAAAUAAAUAAAAUGUGGAUUCUACAAAUGAGGAGUGCGGAUAUAGAUGUGUCAUGUGUGUGGUUCCAAUUUCGAGAUAAAUAAAUAAAACGUGAAUUCUACAAAUGGGAGGAACGUUAUUUUCCCUGCGAAA